UGGCGUUAGUGGAUGAUCACUUCUUGUCAAACCGGUUUCUGUUUGUUGUUCUACGAGCUUCUUUUAGAGUAAAUCCGAAUCCACUAAGCCGAAAUAAAGUCAGUGUCAGUCGAGGCUAGGAUUCUAGCCUGUGCAGAUGUUUUUUGGGAUUUUGAUAUUCGGAUGAAACAAAAUAUGAAAAAGGUACUGAUUUUAGUAACGUUUGUGAUAGUGUUUGCUGGGGCCCAUGCAGCGGAUGAUCAGUAUCAGUGUGGUAUUCCUCGUGCGAGAACACAAUUUUUGAUUGUCAAGGGUGAAGCAGCUCUUCACGGCCAUUGGCCGUGGCACGUAGCACUUUGGUUGAAGCAGAAGGAUGGAAGUGAAAAGUACUCCUGCGGUGGAACGUUGAUCAGUUACAAGUUCGUCUUGACGGCUGCACACUGUGUUCUAAGUGAAAAUCGUCAUCAGUUGUUGAGGAGUGCAAAAGAUGUGACCAUCUGGGCUGGAGUGUUCAACCUCCGAAAUCCGGAACUGGACACACGGCAGGUGCGAUCGGUCGCCAAAAUUCAUGUGACGGGUUACACGAGAGACAGUUUACUGCAUGAUAUUGCCCUGUUGGAGCUGACGGAACCGGUUACGUACAGUGGGUAUGUUUUACCGGCAUGUCUAAAUGCGGAGCCGAAUCUGCGAACCGACGUCGGAGCGGUUGUGGGAUGGGGUGUGGCUGACGAUGAUAAACCAUCUCCGACGUUGAAAAAAUUGAAACUUCCGGUCGUUGCCGAAUCGGAGUGCCUGAAGAGCGAUCCGCUUAUUUUUGGUGUCGCACUGCAGCAGGAGCUGUUCUGUGCUGGAUUCGCCAAUGGUUCUGCCCCCUGCAACGGCGACAGCGGAGGAGGUUUGAUGAUGCAACGUGGAGACGCCUGGUAUCUGGCCGGGAUUGUUUCGUUUACGAAAGUCCGCGGCAGCGGUUCCGAUCUCUGCCUAGCGGAUUCCUACACUGCCUUCACGAAUGUCACCGCCUACUGGGAUUGGAUCGAGAAAACUACCAACAUUGACUUCCGAGGAAAAUACAAUGAAGAAAGAGACAUUCCAUGCAAAACCCCCGACGGAACGGACGGGACCUGCGUUCCGCUGCAACAGUGUGUAAACAUUUUCAACAUGAUUCGAGCUCCUCUGAUCGCGCAGGAGGACGUAACCUACAUCAGCCGGUCGGUCUGCCAUAUCGCCGGUAUUCCACGGGCCGUCUGUUGCGAGAAGCAACAGAUCGAACCUAUCCCACUGAAACCGAACGCGCUGCUGUUGCCCAGUGAUUGUGGCCGUUCAAGGGUGCGAACGUUUCCCCCGAACCGAGGUCAAAGUACGUCCGUUUUCGAGUUCCCCUGGAUGGCGAUGAUUCGAUUCCAGAUGAGAAAGAACGGAGUGAUUCCGUUCUGUUUGGGAACACUGCUGAACACUCGCUAUGUGCUUUCCGUGUCCGGUUGUAUGAGCAAACAAAAAACUGCCAAAGUGGAUCACGUUCGGUUGGGCGAACAUACAGAAUCCACCGACAUCGAUUGCACUUUCGACGAUCGGGGUAGACGUCUUUGUGCUGAACACGUGAUGGAUGUUAAAAUCGAAUCGAUCAUCCGUCAUCCACAGUUUGAUGUCCCGAUGUACACUAAUGACCUCGCGAUUGUACGCAUGGCCGCAGAUGUUCAGUACUCGGAUCACAUCCGUCCAAUUUGCUUACCACUGAACUCACCCCAUCGGACACGCAUUCCAGACAAUCUGCUGAUAACAGCCUGGGAUAUGGAUUUGAUGGCAAAGAACCAGUACAUAGGGGAGCUGCGCCGGUAUCCACAGAUAAAGGUCGACAUCGACACCUGCCAGCGACGGCUGGAAGCGGUUGGCUUUGCACCGUCUCUCACGGAGGAUCGCAUGUGUCCCCAGCAGCUAGGACCGGAGUUUAACUGUCAACGCAUGGCUGGGGCUCCGAUCGGAGCCUAUGUGGACAUGGAUGGUGAACGAUUCGUGCAGUUUGGACUGUGGAAAUUUGCUCCUCUUAAUUGCACUGUUCGAGAGUCAGUGCCUGCGUUGGCCAUGAACCUCGGGCGCUACCUCGAUUGGAUUUUGGAUAACAUUCUUCCGUCGGAUUUGAGUAUCAUCAAGAAAACGUGAAUGUAGUAAAAAAUCAGAUGCGGCCAUAUCAAAGCUUCGUAGUCAUUUCAAACCAUGCAAAUUAAACAGAAAAACCAAUUUU